AACACAUUUCAAUCCUCUUCCCGUCAUCCUUGCCUCCGUUCCCUCGUAUGAGGCAGCAUGUAUUCUAUCCCAAGUCGAGGGACACAUCAAGCCACAGUCGUCAAGGAAGAUCGAACGAGCACAGGUCCUCUUCGAUGAAUAUGUUGAUAUGGAUAUUAUAUCGAAGGCAUUAUCGAAGGAACGGAAAGUGCGGAUGAAUCCAAAACUGUUUGCUCAUACCCUAUUCCAGCAAGCGAAGAGCAUGACCCAGCACAUUGUGCUUCCUGAAGGAGUGGAGCCCCGUGUCCUACAAGCAGCAGCAGAGAUAGUUCGUCGUGGACUCUGUGAAGUCACACUGCUGGGCGAUGAGGAAAAGAUCAAAACAGCAACGAAGCAACUGCGGCUUGAUAUCUCCAGGUGUAAGAUUGUCGAACCUGCCACAUCGCCACAUCUCGACCGGUAUGCAGAAGACCUCUACCAGAAGAGAAAGCAUAAGGGUAUGACGCUGGAUGAAGCACGUGACCAAUUGAUGAAUGACGUGAACUCCUUUGGGACAGCAAUGGUGGCAGCUGGCGAUGCUGAUGGUAUGGUUUCUGGAGCUAUCCAUACGACAGCAAAUACUGUCCGACCAGCACUACAGAUUAUCAAGACUCACCCGGACACGAAGCUAGUAUCCAGCGUGUUCUUCAUGUGUCUUCCCGACAAGGUCCUCGUCUAUGGUGAUUGUGCAAUCAAUACAGAUCCAACGGCUGAGGAACUGGCAGUGAUUGCGGUGACAUCUGCCGACACGGCAAUGGCCUUUGGAAUUGAGCCUCGAGUAGCAAUGUUGUCAUAUGCUACGGGCGACUCUAAUACAGGACCCAUUGUACAGAAGGUAGCUGAUGCAGCGGCAAUAGCAAAGCAGAAGAGACCUGAUUUGAUGAUUGAAGGUCCCAUUCAGUAUGAUGCAGCUGUGAACCCGGAGACUGCGAAGACAAAGUUCAAGGGCCGACCCAGUGAGGUGGCAGGAAAGGCAACUGUGCUUAUCUUCCCUGAUCUCAACACCGGAAACAACACAUAUAAGGCUGUACAACAGUCUACGGGAGCCAUAGCGAUGGGUCCCCUUCUGCAAGGCCUGAGGAAACCUGUGAAUGACCUCAGUAGAGGCUGCACUGUGAAUGACAUUGUCACGACUGUUACGUUAACCGCCAUUCAAGCGCAGGCGUUGAAGACAAAGGGUGGUCAAAACAGUGUGCCUGAGGCAGCAGCAGGAGCAUGACAGUUUGCACGUGGAAGUCGUCGAAGAGUUUUCCCACUUUUCCUUGUUCCUCUUCUGUUUCUGUGAAGUCGAUUCGAUGAAAAUGUUUGGUUUUGAUGAGCCAUGAAACGGCGGCGAGUUUAGGUGUCGAAUGAUGACGUGAUAGCGGUGGGCGACUGGCGUCACAUAAUAGCCAGAAGGAAGGAAGGAAGGACAGCGACGAUGCGGUGCUGUGUUCCUCUCAGUGGCUUGUUUGUUCUUGCGUGUUGACGAACUAAGCAACGGCAGUGAGAAAGAGUAUGGAUGGUGCUCCUCAAGGUGCUUGGCUUGUUCCUGCUUGAGAGAGAGUAUGGUUGGCCUGGGCGUCCAUGUAUCGUUUUCAGUGGUUCCGCUGAGGCUGUAAGUGGGCUGAUGCUGUUUCUCGGGGGCGGAGGGGGAAUCGUGAAUUUGAAGGCCGGCUUUUCCGUGGAAGGAGAUGUAAAUCUGUCUGUGGAUCUCUCUCGCUGGCGUCAAGAGUGCUCUUCAUUGUAUGCGACCUCACCGUGCAAGCUGGAUUUCCAAGACAACACGUGUAGCAGGAGGAGAGAACCUUCACCAGUCAAAAGUGAUCACCGGAUGAAGUUACAGUUUGUUUCAAGGGUAAUGCACAAGGUGGUCUUGCUCAUUCAGAGCUACCGUCUUCACCCAAAUUGAACGCCCGGUAAUUAUCGCCGUAUCUGGGCUGAAAGUUGUGCCAAAUACAUCUAUAAUGACCGGACGUUCUAUUCGGGUGAAGACGGUAGUCUUCCAUGUGUACAGCAUCAUCAUCAGUAAACACUUGAAGUCCUUUUCUAAGAACUUGGUCUCCCUGCAGGUGUGCAAGAAAAAAAAAAAAAUGGGGGAAAGGAAGGAAGAUAAGGGGGGAUGGGUACUGCUUGCUGAGAAAAGGUGGUGCUCUCAUCCACUCAGGCAGUGCUCUCAUCGCAGAGGUUGAGUGAGAGUGGAUACGUUAGUACCGUCUGUGUAGAACGAGGAAGAGGGGGGGAGUGGAUAGGUGAGUGCAGACUGAUGAUGAUUGCAGACUGUGUUUGCCCGCAUAAGGUUUCAGCGCACUUGCUGUUUUGCUGAAGGGUGUACGCGUCCGCUUGGUAGAUGCACGAAAAGAUGAUGAUGGCUGUGCAACGGACGUGGGCAAGGUAAGGUAUGAAGGCAUACCGAGGUGGCGAGAUAUGAAGGCAUUGUGUAAUAAUGGAUAUGUUAGUGCAGCUGCACGAGGCUUUGGCUAAAGAUGAGUUGAUGACGAAGGAGGUUAUCGAAAGGGGCACACACAGCAGUGAAAGGAAGAUGCUGGAGACGA